UGAAUUUCCUGAAGUCAUCAAUGUCGGAGGACUGGGGUUGGAAUGGCGAGAAGAAGCGAGGCAGAAAGAAGGGUGCAAGGUGAAAACCCCAACCUACUGUGAAAUACAAGCCCGAGUACUUUCUCCUUUGGAUCAAGUACAGGAGAAAAAAAUGCAUGUUAUGUGCCUGAAAACCCUGAGUAGUCUUGCUGGGGAUCAGAAAUGUCCUGUGUGAGUGAGACAGAUUGACAAUAUGAAACAAAGCGUCUCGUCUGCCGGAAAACCACAAGAAGAAGAAGGUCGAUUUGCGUCGAAGCUGCGCAAUAAGUAGCAGCUUGAACACUUCUGUUUUGCACGCAUCUAUCCAUGAAUGGCAUUAGAGACCCAAAAAGGAAAUGCUAGCAAUUGCUAAUGUUAUUGGAUAGAAAUAGCUAUUUUGGUGGAGGAAAGAAACCAUGGGGUAUUGACUAAAUCGAUUGCAUGAUAUUAAAUGUAACGGUAAACUACAAUUAGCUUAACGUUUACAUUAAAAUUCUGUUAAAACGACCUGCUGAGGCCUUGUUAGCUACGAGUCAAUCAAUCCUCGGCCUGUUUGAAACAUUACCCUGCAGUGUGGCUCGACUUGACUUGAGCCUCGCUAGCCUUUGGCAAGCCAGUUGUUUUUAAAUUCAAUUUUAAAGCUAGCAAUGAAGUUGGUCCAAUUUUAAAUGGUUGUCCACAAUUUAAUUGUUCUCAUGCAAUACGUCUCAUAUACUUUCCUGGCCAACCAAUUGUAGCUAGCUAUCGUGAGCUUGGAAAGUGGGUCGUGGGUGCAGCUGUAGCUAGUUAGCCAUAUCUGUAUUUACCCGCUACUUAUGCGAACAAGCUGCUGCAGAAACAUCGAUAAUGUCUUUGGUAGCGUAUGCUAGCAGUGAUGACAGUGAUUCAGAAACAUCUAGUUCCAUCAUCCCGGGGAGCAAACCCGGGGGGCUUUUCGCACGCCUUCCAUUCCCAAAAAUAUCUGCCUCAGAGGCACUAGGAAACGUGCGACCAAGCAAAGGGGCAACACACGCAUCAUCACGGAACACUGUGUCAAGCGAUGGCGACGAGGACUCCGUUACCCGUUCUCAUGCAUUUAAAGGAGGCUUGCUUUUCGACUUACCUAAGCCGAAGAAGCGAACAGAGCCUGUCAAAAUCACUAUACCUGAGAUAAAAAGAGGGGAUUCUGACUCUGAUGAAGAUGAACCAAGGAGAAAGAAAUCCCUGCCCCAGGGCCCUGGCACUGGCCUUUCCUCCCUCCUGCCUCAGCCCAAAAAUGUGGUUGUGAAGGAGAUGCAGAGGGCCCUAGUGCCUCACACCCUCACCAAGCGGCCGGAGCCAAAGAAAACCACAAAGCCCUCUUUAGGGUCCUCCCAGGGCCACGCCAGUGCUAGCGCAUCUCCCUCCGCCAUCAAAGCAGCAGCCAAGUCGGCUGCCCUGCAGCUAGCGAGGCAGAUAGCUGCUGAUGAAAGUGACGAGGAACUGGCCCCAGAGAACUACUUCUCCCUGGGAGAGAGCUCCAAACCUCUCCCCGCUGUGAUCCCCAGCCUGAACCCAGAGCCUGUCCCCACCUCAGGCCUACUACCCGCUCCUGCAAGCAUACAGCGUGGUACCUUCCAGUCAGACGCUCCUCUGGACUUUAGUGCGAACCAAGAGGGAGCUUGGGGAGGUCAACAGCUAGGGGCGUACCAACAGCCCUCGGCAGAGCCUCAGGGCUACUACAACGAGGCUUACUACCAGGAUCCUGAGUCUGACCCAGCGUUGCCUGAGCCAGAGCAAACUGGUUCCUCCGCCCUGUUUGAUGAUGAAGCGUUCAUGAGGCUGCAGGGGAAGAGGAACAGGGGCAAGGAAGAGGUGAAGUUCCUGGAGAUCAAGGGAGAUGACCAGCUGAGUGGCAACCAGCAGUGGAUGACCAAGAGCAUGACUGAGGAGAAGCAGGAGCGCAAGUCCUUCAGCAAGAAAAAGGGAGACCAACCCACAGGGCAACAGCGACGCAAGCACCAGAUCACAUACCUCAUCCACCAGGCAAAGGAGCGAGAGCUGGAGCUGAAGAACAGCUGGGCCGACAACAAGCUGACUCGCCGGCAAACACAGGCAAAAUACGGCUUCUAAGAACCGUAACAGGUGGCUUGGUGGCAUGCAUAGCCCUCCCCCUGAAGAUUAGAGUAGUACAGUCCACAAGGUUCCCUCAACAACAUGGGUCAUACAUUACCCUUGCAGUGGGGGAGGGGUUACACACCUCAUAGACCCAUCCUUGGAGAUGCUAGCACUGACUUUCCUUUUUGUUCACCCUUAUUUGUUGGCCUCCCUGGAUUUGUGAUACUUAAAACAUUUCUGAUUUAAACCAUCAUUUUGGUGGGACUAUUUUAUAUUAUGUUGGUUCUUGGCUGCAUAGGAAAUCACAUGGUUAAGACACAAUAUGGUUUCCUGGGAAAUACCCUUUAAAUGCAAUUUCAUGUGGUGGUAUUUUUCAUAUUACACCUUGAACCACCAAUGAUCAAUAGUCUGAGAAUCAGAGGAACGUUUCCCAUGUGGUGUUGAUAUUUUCUUCAUCUUGUAUGUUUCCAAGGGUGGGACAGUGACCUGUUCUUAAAUCAUGUCAAUCCAACCCUAAGCUUUCCCUGGGUUUUUAGAUGUUAGAAAACACAUUUGGUGGUCUGGUUGGAAUUGCCCUGUGGUGGCGACGCUUCAACCUGACCAGUUUGGAAUAUGUCUCUAUUGGAUUUUGGGGGAGAGUUGGUAUCUUUUUAAAGGAGCCAGAAACUCCUACUGUCAUCUGUGAAUAAACAUGAUCAUAUACAGUGAUGACAGAGAGACUUAUUGAAAUUGUACACUUAACAAAAAUAUGAACAUAACAAUUUAAAAUAUUUUACUGAGUUUAUUCAUAUAAGGAAAUCAGUCAAUUGAAAUAUAUGAAUUAGGACCUAAUCUAUGGAUUUCACAUGACUAGGAAUACAGAUAUGCAUCUGUUGGUCACAGAUAGGUAGGGGCGUGGGUCAGAAAACCAGUCAGUAUCUGGUGUGACCACGAUUUGCCUCAUGCAGUGCAACACACCCUUUGCAUCGAGUUGAUCAGAAUGUUAAUUGUGGAAUGUUGUCCCACUCCUCUCCGAUGGCUGUGAGAAGUUGCUGGAUAUCGGCUGGAACUGAAACACGCUGUCAUACACCUUGAUCCAGAGCAUCCCAAACAUGCUCAAUGGGUGACAUGUCUGGUGAGUAUGCAGGCCAAAAAAACGGAGACAUUUUCAGUUUCUGGGAAUUGUGUACAGAUCAUUGCGACGUGGCCAGGCAUUAUGUAUGAGGUGAUGGCGGCUGAAUAAUGGCACGACAAUGGGCCUCAGGAUCUUGUCAUGGUAUCUCUGUGCAGUCAAAUUGCCAUCGAUAAAAUGCAAUUGUGUUUGUAGCUUAUGCCUGCCCGUACCAGAACUCCACCGCCACCAUAGGGUACUCUGUUCACAACGUUGACAUAAGCGACCCACUCGCCUAAACAUUGCCAUACACGCGGUCUGCCAUCUGCCCGAUACAUUUGAAACCAGGAUUAAUCCAUGAAGAGCACACUUUUCUUGUGUGCUAGUGUCCAUUGAAGUUGAGCAUUUGCCUACUGAAGUCGGUUACGACGCCAAACUUCAGUCAGGCCAAGACCUUGGUGAGGGCAACGAGCACGCAGAUGAGCUUCCCGGAGACCGUUUGUGCAGAAAUUCUUUGUGUAAACCCACAGUUUCCUCAGCUGUCCAGGUGGCUGGUCUCAGACGAUACCGCAGAUGAAGAAGCCAGAUGUGGAUGUCCUGGGCUGGCAUGGUUACACGUGGUCUGCUGCUGUGAGGCCGGUUGGACGUACUGCCACAUUCUUUCAAAUUACUUUGAAGGUGGCUUAUGGUAUAGAAAUUAACAUAAAAUUCUCUGGCAACAGUUCUGGUGUACAUUCCUGUAGUCAGCAUGCUAAUUGCACGCUCCCUCAACUUGAGACAUCUGUAGCAUUGUAUGACAAAACUUCACAUUUUAAAGUGGCCUUUUAUUGUCCCUAGCACAAGGUGCACCUGUGUAAUCAUGCUGUUUAAUCAGAAUCUUGAUAUGCCACACCUGUCAGGUGGAUGGAUUGCUUUGGACAAGGGGAAAUGGUCACUAACAGGGAUGUAAACAAAUUUGUGCACAAAAUUUGAGAAGCUUUUUGUGCAUGUGGGAAAUUUUUGGGAUCUUUUAUUUCAGUUUAUGAAACAUGGGACCAACACUUUACAUGUUGCGUUUAUAUUCCUUGUUCAUUAUAGUAAUGAGCUGUGCAAUUUGAAUAAAAUAAAACUGCCA